GAGGAUCAGACUUGAUGGUAGUACUCAAAGAGAAAUUCAACUCUACCUUCCUCUUAGUGUUCGCCAUCUUGCAAUCUGUACUAAGUAACCUGGCAAUUAUGCGAAGAAAUUUUGGUUGCCUAGACGCGCGUUGUAAUAUUUUAUCAUAUAAACGAACUUUGAUGAGCUAUCUCCAAGACAAUCAAUUAUUAGUUUUGUUUAACUUGAUUUUAAUUAUUUAUAUUGUAUAAGGUUUUAAUCUUUCGAUCGUUUUCACCUGUUUAUUGGCAAUUUUCAAAUUCCUUGUUUAUUCGAAGUCGCUAAGAUCUGACUUCCGCACGCGCCAAGGAAUCUGCGCUCAAUGGACUUUACUUUGUUGAGUAGCUGCGGAAUGUUCGACGAAAGAAGCUGAAAUUGUCUCUGUGGGAAUGGAAAGAAGCCAAACAAGUUAUGGAUAACCAUGGUGUAGCACAGCUCUACAGACGGAUCAUCUCACCCUCAAUUAAGGUACACAAUGAAGAGUGGCAAAAACAGACCCAUUAUCGACAUACAAAUUACAAAAGCCAGACACCAGUCAGCAGGCUUAAGAUGGCAAGUCCUGUGCACAGUGUGGCGUCGGCUCCUGGACUCCUAGAAGCCUCAGAUCUUGCACUUCAGCAGCCUUCGCAUGAUAAUAAUUCCAUUGAAACUGAAAAGUCUUCAACAAGGAGUGAACAUACAGGAUAUCAGUUUCAGCCAACUGUGAAGUUUAAGACUACUUCUCUUCCUGGUAUGCCACUGAGUCACAAAUACUCACCCUCUCCCAGUGGAACCAAAAAAUCAGUUCCUAUCUCCUACAGCAAUCAUAUGGGUUCUGUCCCAUCAAGAUAUUGGGCCAAUGAAAAUCCAAGAAUAUUAUACAGCAGACAAAGAGACAGAUUAAAGGCAGAGGAACAAGCCAGAGAGCACUGCCGCAGAUUGAAACGAACAUCAGAGAUUCGGCACCAUAGAGUUGAUAAACAGUAUUACAUGGCUGGAACCAAAAUCCCAUUGCAAGGAAGGUAUGACGUAGACAACACUGAUCUGUUAAGGUUGAGGCUUCUUGCACAGCAGAAACAACUUACAGACUACAAUGCUGCCAAAGAUGCAAAUUUUCCAAGCAGCAGUCCCCGAGACAGUCCUAGUGGCCAGUUGAGUACUCCUGUGCCAGGUAGUGGAGUCAGGGAUCCCACCUCUGUGGCCUUAUCGUCUGCCAGUGAUAUCGAGAACCCAGAUCACGACGGAAAAUGGGCUGAAGAGGAAUCAGAUGAGAGUUCCGUGGAUGAAUUUGACAGCAUAUCCAACAAAGGAGGCAGACGAGAAGAAUUUGAAGCACGUAAAGCUCUCGCUAUCGAAGGCAGAAAAGCGCAAGAGAAACUGGAUUCAGUGGGAGAAAGACUAACAAAGAGUAGCGACGGAACAGAGAGUAAAAAGACACCUUCUGCAAAGACAAAGGCAAGUUCUUCUGCAAAGACCGCCAAAAAGGGAAAAAUAAGAUUUAAGGAGGAUGAAAGAACGGCUAGUAAUCAAAAAGCGAUUAAGGAUCGCGAAAGAAAGAAAAUUGAAAAGAAAGGACAGGAAGAUGGUAAUGGAGCGGAGAAGAAAGAAGACGCAAUAAGCAAUGGUGUUGAAGCGAAAGAGGAAAAGAGGAAUAAAUAUUUAGAUGAAUGGCUGGGGAUAAAGAAGGAAGUUGAGGAUACUCGUUACCAGCCUGGAAAACCUCCGCCAAACAGGAUUUUUAUGUCAUCCAAGACUGGGGGAACUAAAAAGGCCAGUGGAAAAUUCUCUUCGACAUUUUUGACCGAAAUCACAGAGUCAAAGGCAGCUGAAGACGAUGCAUUUCUUACACCCGAUGUCCGUUAUGGAAUAAUCAACGAUAAACAAAAGCAUGUGUUUGGAACACUGUUUGACGAAGUCGACAAAGACAAAAAUGGAAGCGUCACGCUCCAAGAACUUAAGCUGCGGAUGCAGCCAGCUGUCACAAAACAUGAUAUCAAACACUUUGUAAAGGUGUUUGACUUAAACAAAGACGAGACUGUAGAUAAAAGAGAAUUUACGGCCAUCUGCGCCUUGAACGACCGCAUAAGUGGAGUCAGGACUGAAUCAGAAGACGCAUCUUUGGCCUUGGACCUGGAAAAUUUGGCUCAACAUAUUGUCAUAUUCAAGGAAAUGUUCAAAACCAUUGAUGAAGAUGACGAUAACAGGGUGGAUGCUGGCGAACUUCUGGUCAUGGUCUCUGCCGCCAUGGAAACAGAAAUAGGGGCGGACCUUCAGACAGCCAAGGAGGUGCUUGAAGGAGCACGUGACGAGUUUGGAUUUAUUGACUUUAUCGGUUUUAUGUCGUACAUACCAUUCUUUGCUAAGCUUCUAAGAACCAUACUGGAAAACCCUCUGUCUAUUGCUGAACUAGAGCGGGCACGAGAACGAGUCAAACAGCACGACCUCACUUUCAAACCCAAGAAAAAAGCAAAGGAACCAAAGAGUUGGGAAGUGUACUAGAAAGUCUAUUUCCCGCCUUCAUCCACAUCCAAAGCCUGGGAGCAAGCUUUCAUUAGAAGCGAUUCAGCGCGGGCGUUGCUUUGCCCGCCGAAAAGUAUAGGGGCAACGCCAGCCGGCGAAAGGACUGAAUCGGAUCUCGCACUGAUCAUUAUUAGUACCAGAGCUCUCAGCAAACCUCUCCCCAACUCGUCUCAAACCUUCUGCGGGUGCUUCCUGCCGCGCUCAAAAUAAAGGCCUGAUUGUAUGUUACUAUAUCGGUGACAAGGAUGACAGUGUUGAAAUUAAGUUUUAGAUUGCAUGAGUACUCAUCGUUCACAAUGGCGGGCUUCAUCAUCGCUCUUUUAUGUUCAUAAAAUUCUGCUUUCCUGGCCUCGCUUUCCGGUGAAAAUUCAAUUGUUUUAAAACUUGUUAUCGAAGCUAGGAAGAAUAUAAGGAAUAGCCAUCGGGUUGGCCAAUUAUGAAGAAUGUCCAUGUAUGGAGAGUGUUCAUUUGACUUGUGUUUUAGGUUACGGAAACCCAAACGGGUGCAAGUAAGAGAAUCGAGAUUGUGCUCUCUUACAAUUGUACCCAAGCAGAGGCAAAUUUCCUCCAUCGAAAUAUUCUGUAAUACUCAACCCGAUGGUGUUCGUUUGAAUAUGGUUGAUAUUUUUUAUAUUAGGUUUUAAUACAACAAUGAUACAACAUGGCUUCAAAUUUGAGAUAUAUUUACAUAUUUUUAAUACAUAUUUUUAAUCAGAGCAAAUAUUUCAUAGCAGUUUUUAUUUCAUUCAUGUUUUUCCAGGUCAGUUUGCAAAAGUCAGGCAUUUUUUGAUAUUGGUGACUGGGACUACUUUAUUAUUCUCUGCGGUUUGAUAAUAAAAUAU